AUAAAACUGGUGAUUUCUAUAAAUAGAUACAGAUACAGGACCUCGGAAACGUGAUAUUCCACACUGAAUAGAAUUCUGGAUUUGAAGAUGUUCCUCAGAUCUAUUGUCGGCUGGCUGCUGACUGUUGCUCUGCUGCCAUUGGCUUUAUCAAGACAAGUCUAUACUACAAGCUAUGGUGGGACUUGCACAACCGCUUGUAAACAAUCUAAAACAGGGUACUAUUGGUGUGAACAGAAAGGUGGCAACUAUAAAUGGUGGGAUUACUGCUCCCCUAAAGAAGGUUAUGAUUCCAACUACAGGCCGUGUUUAUCAGGUUGUCAGAAGAUCAUGGGUUCUAAGUACGAACAGUGUUUUACAAGCGAAGGAUGGAGUAAAUGUGGACAUGUAGUUGAAGAGUUUGAGAGUUACUAUACCUCAGAUAAUGCACUUUGUGUAACUGAUUGUAUGUUUGAUAGAGAAUAUUUUAUAUGUACAGACAUACGUGGAAAAAAACAAAAAUGCUCACCAUUAAAGGAUGUAACUGCAAAAGGAGAGACAUGCCGAAAAGAUCACCCAUGUGAUUCACACGGUAACGGUUACACCUGGUGCUACACAAGCUAUAAUAAAGAUUGGGGUUAUUGCGGGAAAGUAUUAAGUGACUGUGAAUAUCAUCACCGAACAAUACGUGCUGAUGGAGAUAAAGAGAUUUGUAGAAUAACAGACAGGGGAAACAGACGUGAGUUGGUACUAACAGCCAUUCCAGUGCCUGAUACUGAUUUCCGCCGACCGUUACGAGUACAAUAUACUGAAGCCUCCCGUCUCAUUAACACAAUAGAUGCUAACUUUUAUUUCCCCAAUCGCAUCCACACCAUGGCUUCUUCUGAUGAUGUUAGACUGGAUAUGCAAGGGUCAUUUCAGCAUGAUGGAGUUAGGUAUCUGAAUGUACAACUUCAACUAAAUCAGCCAAGGGGAGAACGUUCCACAACCAUCGCUCAAAUCCUUUUCCCACAGGAUCUAGACACUGUUGUCUUUUCCAGAUACAUAAGAAGAGCCCUGCACACCAGCAUGACUAGCUCUUACUAUAGACCUCCUGUAAAGAUUAUCAUAACUAUGAACCGUAUCUAA